CUUAUGCUGUAUAAAUACAGGACUGUGAGUGUGAGCUUAAGAGUGCAAAGAAGCUUGCGAACACUCUGAGCAACAUUUCAGACUUUUCAGACUUCAGGAGGAAGAUCUGCCAUGGCCAACCGCAAGGGUUUGAUUAUUGAUGUGAAUUUAAGAAGUCAUGAAAACAACUUGGCUCACCGCACCCGGGAGAUUGAUCGGGAGCGCCUGAUUGUCCGCAGAGGUCAACCCUUCUCCAUAACUUUGCAUUGCUCUGACUCUCUGCCCCCUAAACACCACCUGGAACUGGUUCUGCAUCUUGGUAAGAGAGACGAUUUGGUGAUCAAGGUUCAGAAGGAGCGUGGGGCCGGAGACAAGUGGUGGUUUUACCAGCAAGGAUCACAGGAAGAGAUGCUGCUGACUCUGCACAGUCCAGCAGAUGCUGUCAUUGGUCAGUACCGUCUGGCUGUGCUGGUGAUGUCACCAGAUGGACGUAUUUUGGAGAAGACCGACAAAAUUAGGUUCCACCUGCUCUUUAACCCGUGGUGCAAAGAUGAUGUGGUGUACCUCCCUGAUGAGAGUCUGCUCCAGGAGUAUGUAAUCAAUGAAGAUGGGGUCAUUUACAUGGGCACCUGGGAUUACAUCAAAAGUAUUCCGUGGAAUUAUGGACAGUUUGAGGACCAUGUGAUGGACAUCUGUUUUGAAGUGUUGGACAACUCCAAUGAUGCCCUCAAAAACUCAAAGAUGGACACUGAGCACAGAUCUGACCCCAUCUAUGUCAGCAGGAUAAUCACUGCAAUGGUUAACUCUAAUGGUGACAGGGGUGUGUUGACUGGUUCCUGGGAUGAGCCGUACUCUGGCGGAGUUGCACCGUAUCGCUGGACCGGCAGCGUGCCCAUCCUUCGACAGUGGAGCAAAGCAGGGGCAAGAGCGGUCAAAUAUGGCCAGUGCUGGGUGUUUGCUGGUGUUGCUUGCACAGUGCUGCGCUGUCUGGGAAUACCUACACGCCUCAUCACCAACUUCUACUCAGCCCACGAUGUCGAUGGAAACCUCACUGUAGACUUCCUGCUGAAUGAAAGACUGGAGAGCUUUGAUGGAAGACACAGGAAAGACAGUAGCUGGAACUUCCACUGUUGGGUUGAGUCUUGGAUGAACAGAGAUGAUCUCCCCAAAGGAAAUGAUGGCUGGCAGGUUUUGGAUCCCACCCCUCAAGAACUGAGUGAUGGUGAGUUUUGCUGCGGCCCGUGUCCAGUGACAGCCAUUAAGGAGGGAAAUUUGGGAGUAAAGUAUGAUGCUCAGUUUGUGUUUGCUGAGGUCAAUGCUGACAUUAUCUACUGGAUCGUCCAAAGAGAUGGCAAAAGGCAGAAGAUCAGAGAGGACCAGGGCAGUAUAGGGAGGAACAUCAGCACCAAAAGUGUUUAUGGCGACCACAGAGAAGAUGUCACUCUGCACUACAAAUAUCCUGAAGGCUCCAAAAUGGAGAGAGAAGUGUACAAGAAGGCAGGACGGCGUGUCACAGUUCCGACCAAUGAGAGAACAGAACCAGGACAACUUCAGCUGUCAAUCAAGCAUGCUAAGCCUGUAUUUGGGACAGACUUUGAUGUGAUUGUUGAGGUGAAGAAUAACGGAGGCAGAGACGCUCAUGCUCGCCUCACCGUGCUGGCCUUGGCUGUAACUUACAAUUCUCUCUCCCGGGGGGAGUGCCAGCGACAGACAAUCAGCAUGACUGUGCCUGCUCGUAAAGCGCACAAGGAAGUUCUGCGUCUGCACUAUGACGACUAUGUGAGGUGUGUUUCCGAGCAUCAUCUGAUCAGGGUGAAAGCACUCUUAGAGGUUUCAGGGGAGAAUGAACCCAUCAUGACUGUGGCUAACAUCCCACUGAGCAUGCCUGAAGUCCUCAUACAGGUGCUUGGGAAGGCUGUUGUAUGGGAACCACUGAAAGCCAACAUCUCUUUCACCAAUCCUCUGCCAGUCCCACUAAAGGGCGGUAUUUUCACUGUGGAGGGGGCUGGCCUGCUGUCAGCCACUGAGAUUUAUGUUAAGGGUGAUAUAGGUCCAGGCCAGAAAGUGUCUGUCCAACUUUCCUUCUCACCCAUACGAACUGGAGUGAAGAAGCUCCUGGUGGACUUUGACUCGGACAGACUGAAGGAUGUGAAGGGAGUCACCACUGUGGUUGUCCACAAGAAAUACAUGUCUGUAAUUACUGGACCUAAUUGAAAUUCUUUGAACGGAUGGAAACCAGCAGUAUCUUACAUCGUGGGAUAAUAUAAUGGCAAAUGUGUGCUUUUUGUUUAAGUUCCUUCUCUCCACCUUUCAUAUUUCAUUUCGUGGACUUCUUGCCACACUGAACAUUGCACUGUUUCCAAUCCCAUUUUAGUCCAAAUAUGGAGUAUUGGAUGAAACUGGCAUUUUUUCAAACUGUUCCUGAUAUUAAUGCAUUAAUUUACGGUAUGCUUUCGAUAAAGACUUUGUAUCUAUUUAUUCUGACACUUCAUUAACACUGUAGUCUGAGAAAGGCUAUGGGUUGGCUAUCAGCAAUACUAAACUGAACAAAGUAGAAUGUAUGUAAAAAGGGACCCCUAUUGUCAGAUACACAAUUGGAAUGGAAAAUAAACUGUCUAUAAAUGUA